CGGCGCUCCUGCGUGCCGAAGGUCUCCUGCCCGCGACUUCUGGGCUUCUGGGCGCGGGUGGCGACGCCCAGGUGGAGGGUCGCCCCUAGCGCCCCUGCGGAGCGCGGGGACUCGCCAUGGCCAGCCUGCCGGCUGUGAGGCAGGGCGUUGCCCCGCAGGACACCAUGGAAAAGUACCAGACCUUGCAGGAGCUGAGUCCUGGUGCUCUUGGGGUGAACGUGGUGGUGGAGGAAAUGAAAACCAAAGUCAAGCACGUGAUCAAACAGGUGCAGUGCAUUGACCAUCAUCACGCCAGCCAGGCCCUGGAUGAGCUCAUGCCGCUGCUGCAGCUCCGGCACCCCCACAUCUCUGUCUACGAGGAGCUCUUCCAGAUGUGGGACAAUGAGGUCUCCUCCACGUUCCUCUGCCUGGUGAUGGAGUACAGCCCGGAGAGCUUCCAGGACGUCAUUGAGGCAAAGAGGAAGGAGAAGGCUGUCGUUGACGCUCAGUGGCUGCAGACCAUGCUGGUCCAGGUGCUGGAUGCGCUGGAGUACCUGCACCACCUGGACAUCCUGCACAGGAAUCUUAAGCCCUCAAACAUCAUCCUGGUGGGCCAGAACCAGUGCAAGCUGCAGGACCUCAGCUGCCACGCGCUGAUGACCCACCGAGCCAAGUGGAACGUCCGCGCGGAGGAAGACCCCUGUAAGAAGUCGUGGAUGGCCCCUGAAGCCCUCGAUUUCUCCUUCAGCCAGAAGUCGGACAUCUGGUCCCUGGGCUGCAUCCUCCUCGACCUGGCCAGCUGCUCCUUUCUGAACGGUGUGGAGGCCAUGUACCUGCGGAAGUCACUGCGCCAGCAGCCAGGUGGCCUGCGGGCCUUGCUGGAGACCGUGGCCGAGCGGGAGGUCCCCCUAGCGGACACCUUCUCGCUCCUCCUGCCUGCAAUGCUGCAGAUCAACCCCUCAGAUCGGAUCACAAUCAAGGAUGUGAUCCGCAUCACCUUUGGGAAAGCCUCGCUCAAGUCCCCGAGCAUCGCGCUGAGCCUGCACGGACUAGGGAUACCUGAGGAGAUCACCACCGUGCUGCUGGAAGGCAACAUGGCCAGCAUUCUAGAGGUCAUGCAGACCUUCUCCAGCCACCCUGAGGUGCAGCUCAGAGCCAUGAAGAAGCUCAUCUCCAUGCCUGAGGACCAGCUCGGGCUGCCCUGGCCCUCCGAGCUGGUGGCGGUGGUGGUGGCCGCCAUGGAGCAGCACCAGAGGCUCCUGGAGGUGCAGCUGUGCGCCUGCACCCUGCUGCUGCGCGUGCUGGGCCAAGCACUGGUGCGGGACACCGACACCAAGGUGUCCUGGGAUGCCAGCUUCAGCUCCGUGCUGCUGAGUGUCAUGCAGAGCCACCCUGACUCGACGCGGCUCAUCGUCAAGGUUUACAACCUGCUCACCAUGGUCUCCGACCACGAGCCAGCCUCCGAGCUGCUGCAGCAGGCCGGGCUGUGUGAACUCAUCCUGCAGCACCUGACCAGCUUCUGCCAGGACCGGGAGGUCUGCCUCGGUGGCCUGGGCCUGCUCUGGGCCCUCUUGGUGGAUGCUGUCAUCAUGAACAGAGACCCCUUGAAGAAGUUACCGGCUAUGGUUGUCCAGGUUUUAGACACCCACCCUGUGGACGUGGAUGUGGCAGAGGCUGGCUGCGCAGUUCUCUGGCUGCUGUCCUUGCUGGGCUGCAUUCGGGAGGAGGAGCUGGAAAAGGUGGUGGUGCUGCUGCUGCGAAGCAUCCGGCUGGGCCAGGGCAGGGUCCAGCUGGUGAACAACGCCUACCGGGGCCUGGCCAGCCUCGCAAAGGCAUCUGAGCUGGCAGCCUUCCGGGUGGUGGUGCUGCAGGAGGGCAGCAGUGGCCUCAGCCUGCUGCAGGAGACCUACCAGCUCUACAGGGACGACCCCGAGGUGGCGGAGAACCUGUGCAUGCUGCUGACCCACCUCGCCUCCUACAAGGACAUCUUGCCGGAGCUGGAGUACAGUGGCAUCGGGGCCUUGGCGCAGGACAUCCAGGACCGCUUCCCCUCCAGCCUGGAGCUGGUUUCUUAUGCAAAAAAAGUGCUCCUGAGCCUGGAGACGGCUGCGCAGCCCGGCCCUGGGGCCAGGGAGCUGCCUGGGGCAGCCUGCGGCCUCUCGGGGGACCGUCCUGCCCUGCCCUGAGGUGCCGUCCUUCCUGGCCCAGUAGCCUGCUAGAGAGCCGUGACAGCAGGACAGAGCUUCCCUCUCCUGCCUUCCUGCGCACCCACAAGACUGCUCUCUUCAAAAUCUCCACUUGCUCUGGGGCCUUCCGGAGACCCUGUGCUGGCGCCACACUCUGAACUCCGUGGAGCUAAAUAAACUUCUCUGUGUGGA